AUGGACGAGAAGUUAAGUGUGAUACUAGCACGCCGUCGAGCUGUAGGCACGCUUCGAAAGCUUGAGGUUUCCAAUGAGACUGCACCUACUGCAAUUGACUUUUACUCAAACGAUUAUCUUGGCUUUGCACGCUUGCAAUCGUUAAAGGAACUCAUAAAGACUCGUCACGUGGAGUUGGAAAAUCAGCAUGGACGGAUGCUAGGAGCUACAGGUUCACGACUUAUUUCAGGCAACUCACGGUUGUUUAUGCAAGUGGAAAAGGACUUGGCUACGUUUUACAACAGUGAUGCAGCGCUACUGUUUAACUCGGGAUAUGCUGCCAAUCUUGGCAUCAUGUCUUGUAUUCCACAGGCAGAAGAUGUCAUCUUGUAUGAUGAAUUCGUACACAGUUCAUGCCAUGAAGGCAUUCGACUAAGCCGUGCGUACGCUCAUGGCCGUUCAUUUGCCUUUCGACACAACAACCUUGAGGACCUCAAGCACAAAGUUCACGAGUAUACAUCCACAACCUCUACUACUAAUGACGUACCUACCACAAGAGCGUGUGUUUAUGUGGUAGUAGAGUCAUUGUACUCGAUGGACGGAGAUUUCGCUCCGUUGGAUGCUAUGGCAGCACUCUGUGACCGGAUGGGAGCAUUUCUCAUUGUCGAUGAAGCACACAGUACUGGUGUCUACGGCCCUCAAGGUUCUGGUGUUGUACGUGAGCUGGAGUUGGAAAAGAAGUAUAAACGUACUGUUGCGUGCCGCGUCCACACUUUUGGCAAGGCCAUGGGCUGCCAUGGUGCCGUCGUUUGUGGCUCCCAGGUGCUGAUUGAUUACCUGGUCAACUACGCGCGGUCUUUUAUUUAUACCACAGCAUUCCCAUUUGAUCAACUCGUGGCUAUCGCCUGUGUACACGAGUUCAGUGCCAACCCCGAAGCCGAUGCACUCCGCACCGAUGUAAUCGCAUUGGUGCAAUACCUUAAGGAAAAAGUGAACAGCAAUUCACGCAUUCCACGCAAUGCACUGCUACUCAGUGACUCUCCCAUUCAAGGUGUGGUAUUUGAAGGCAAUCACCAUGUCUUGAGUGCUUCCAAGCUGAUAAAUGCCAUGGGCAUUCGUGUGAUUCCCAUCCGGUCUCCAACAGUGCCAAAGGGUGCUGAGCGUCUUCGCAUCGUUGUUCAUGCGAGUAACACGCGUGACGAAAUUGAUCGGCUUGUGAACGCUCUUGCUGCCGUGUUUGAAGCCCGUCGCGACUCUAAACUAUAG